UCUUCUUCCAUAUUCUCUCUUCUCCAUUUCCCUCCAAGUACCCUUGCCUAGCUUCAUCAGAAAACAAAAGCACCCAUGAUCAUCGACCAAGACGCAGACAAAUGCCCAUGCAUUACGAAAGCCAUCAAUCCUACAACCAUUUAGCCGAGGAGCUUACGCGCGCACAGACAGGCAGAGAGAAAUGCAACGGCAGAGCGGCGCGGCAGGGACGAGCAGCAGCCGGGCGCGGCGGGUGGCGCACCGCACGAGGGACAGCUGCGCGGCCGUGUUCGCCAACACGCUCUGCUCCGUCAUCCUCGGCGUCCUCCUCGUGGCCGGCGUUGCCCUCUUCGUGGUCUGGCUGAGCCUCCGCCCGCACCGGCCCCGCUUCAGCCUGGCGUCCUUCUCCAUCACGGGGGGGCAGGUCGCGUUCAACGUCUCGGACCGCAACCCGAACCGGCACAUCGGCGUCUACUACGACGCCACGCGGGCCGAGGUCCGCUUCUACGACACGCUCGUGGCGGCCGGGCCGGCAUUCGCGGAUGGCUGGUACCAGCCCAACAUGAGCACGGUGUCCAUCACGGGCCUCCUGGACGUGGUCGGGCCCGGGACGCGCGACCCUUCGUGGCCGUCCUUCAACGCGGCGCUGCACGCCGGCCGCCUCCCGCUGCGCCUGCAGCUCAGCACGGCCAUCCGGUUCCGGGUCAACGUCUUCCACUCCGGCCGGCAGAGGAUGCACGUCAACUGCGAGCUCGUCGUCGGCGCCGACGGGAAUCUGCUGCCUGAGUCUGUCGGGGUACCAUGCGACAGAUACUUCUGAUUUGAUUCUAGUUGUAGCAAUGCUACUGACAUUUCUGGCAUGAUGUUAAUACGUAUUGAUCUGUUGCUUGAGA